AUGGAGAAAUAUUCAAAAAUUGAAAAAUUAGGAGAAGGUACAUAUGGUAUUGUAUAUAAAGCAAAGAAUCGUGAAACAGGUGAAAUUGUAGCUUUAAAAAGAAUAAGAUUAGACUCUGAAGAUGAAGGUGUACCAUGUACAGCAAUUAGAGAGAUUUCUUUAUUAAAAGAGUUAAAACAUCCAAAUAUUGUUAGAUUACAUGAUGUAAUUCAUACAGAAAGAAAACUUACAUUGGUAUUUGAAUAUCUAGAUCAAGAUUUAAAGAAAUAUUUAGAUGAAUGUGGUGGUGAAAUUUCAAAACCAACAAUUAAAUCAUUUAUGUAUCAAUUAUUAAAAGGUGUUGCAUUUUGUCAUGAUCAUAGAGUUUUACAUAGAGAUUUAAAACCACAAAAUCUUUUAAUUAAUAGAAAAGGUGAAUUAAAAUUAGCGGAUUUUGGUUUAGCAAGAGCAUUUGGUAUACCAGUUAGAACAUAUUCACAUGAAGUAGUAACAUUAUGGUAUAGAGCACCAGAUGUGUUGAUGGGAUCAAGAAAGUAUUCAACUCCAAUUGAUAUCUGGUCAGCAGGUUGUAUUUUUGCAGAGAUGGCAUCAGGUAGACCAUUAUUCCCUGGUUCAGGAACAAGUGAUCAAUUGUUUAGAAUAUUUAAGAUAUUGGGAACUCCAAAUGAAGAGAGUUGGCCAUCAAUUACUGAAUUACCAGAAUAUAAAACUGAUUUCCCUGUACAUCCUGCUCAUCAAUUAUCAUCAAUCGUACAUGGUCUCGAUGAAAAAGGUUUAAAUUUACUUUCAAAAAUGUUACAAUAUGAUCCAAAUCAAAGAAUUACUGCUGCUGCUGCUUUAAAACAUCCUUAUUUCGAUGGUUUAGAACCUAUUAAUUAA